GUUAUGAAUGCAUUUAUCUAAGAUCUUUUUUUUCAAUCAUGCAAUAAUCUAUAAAAGUAUGACAAAAUAUUAAUAUACAUUUCAAUGAUUGUUUAAAGAUUAAUCACAUUCAUAAUUUAUAAUAACAAGGAUUGUUUAGAAUAUGUUAUUUGUUAUUAUUCUUUAAACAUGCAUAAUUUAGAAUAAUGCGACAUAACAACCAAUUCAAAAGUUCCCGGAUGUCAUAGAACUUAACGUAGGAGGAAAGUGCUUAACAACAACGUUAGGAACACUCAGAAAAGAACCUGACAGUAUGCUGGCGUCAAUGUUCAGUGGGCGUCAUAAGGUUAAGAAAGAUGAAAACAACCGCUACUUUAUAGAUUGUGACGCAAAAAUGUUUGGAUACGUGCUAAACUACCUACGAUCAGGCAGCCUUCCGCCAGGAGAGGUAGCAACGGGUGUUUAUGAUAUGGCAAUGUAUUUUGGAAUUCAAUCUCUAGUAGAAAGACUCAAAAACUUUCAUUCCGUACAGUAUCGUAAAAAAAUAAACAAUCUUAAACAAGAAAUACAAGCGGAGGAGUAUGAACAGUUAAAGGAGGAUGCAAUUCAAGGCAUCGAUAUGUACACUGUAAGUCCCGCGGAGUAUAAGACAUUUCAUGUAACAGAUAGAUCAUGCGAGUCGCCUGAUUGUGUGCAUAAUGAAAAAUCAACGUUCAAAGGAAGGGAGCCUCCCUCGAAACAAAAUAUUCUUGUAGUAACGGGCUAUACUGCAACUGAAAACAUGUUUUCAGAUAUCGUGGAAUUAAACGUUGGAGGGGAACUGAUGGCAACAACGCUGAGCACAUUACAAAAAGAGCCAAACAGUUGGUUGACAGCCAUGAUUCUCGGACAAAACACGGGGUAUACAGACAAAAAGGGACGCUAUUUUAUAGACAGUGACUGUAAAAUAUUUAGACACAUUCUUCAAUAUCUUAGAUUCGAAGUUCUUCCACCAAUAUUUACAAGUCAGGAGGUUUAUAAACUUGCAAAACAAUUCAAUAUACGUUCCUUAGUAGACCAGCUUGAAAAUGUCCACGCAGUACGUUAUCAAACAGUAACUGAAAAUGCUAAACGCGAGAUAGACAUUGAACGGUAUGAAAAGUUCAAAAUGCAGAUCGUAGAAAAGGUAACGGAAUUAAUUUGUAGCCAUGAUGGUAUAUCUCUGCAUAUUGAGGUAAACAAAUGUACUGAGAAGGCGCAUGCGCAGGAAUGUGUUAAACGUCACCGAAAUGCUUCCGACAGAAAUGGUAGGACUUAUGGUAUUGUUUUAAAAACAGACUUAGAUGUUACUGAAAUCAUCAACUCAUGUCUGGCACACGAUCUUUGUGAGUUAGGCUAUGGGAAGUACGUUGAUACUACACGACAAUGUCAACACAAGUGCAACUGUUUUGGAUCAGGUUUUACCGUCACUUGCCAUCGAAUUGAACUAUCACAUGUAGAAGAAAAUCAAGUCCAUCACGAUAUUCCUGCAAAUGAAGGGAUAAGACAUUUCUCACAAAAACUGAGACAGCAGUCAGUUCAACAAAAUAACGCUUUUCACUGAAGACAGCAGUUGCUUAAAAUACGCAUU